AUGCAACCUUCACCACGACCUCAACCAAAAAAGAAAAAAGGAAAAAAACCGGCCCGACCCACUACCAACCAAGAAAGGGUCCCAUGGACAAAAGAAGAAGAAGAAAAGUUAGCGGAGGCAUGGGUGGCGGCUUCCGAAGAUCCAAUUGUAGGAGAUAGCCAGACGUACGGAAGUUUUUGGGAAAAAGUCCGAGCCAUUUUUUACGAGUUAAUGGAAAGUCAAGCUCGAAAUGCCGAUCAAAUUACGUCGAAAUGGCGAGAUAUUCGAUUAAAAUGCACCGAUUUUGGAGGAAUCAACAACAAUCUCCUAAACAUACACAAAAGCGGUUCGAACGAUUUUGAUGUUUUCAAGGCGGCCAUGGACCAAUAUGAAAAAACAACGCCUACACGCAAAGCUUUUCCGUAUAUGAAGUUGUGGCUAAAAUUGAAAGACUCCCCAAAAUGGAAAGAGCAAACGGAAGGAAGUUCCCAAUCUUCCGGUUCAAAGCGUUCGAGAAACCCCGAUGGAACUUCUCAACAAUCGGACGGCUGA